UUAAAUACUGUAUCAACAGGUACUCAUGUCAGACAAUAGUACUGUACCUGGUUGCUACUGUUUCAAGCCAGCCAGCCCCAGCAGCACCAGCACCACUACUCCGGCUAGACCAUACUACAGUCUUCAUAGACUAGUUGGCCACUUUCUCCAAUUCCCGCUGAACCUACUCGACCACCAGUCCCCCCCACGCCACGCUCCCAUCCUCCCGCUCAGAAGCACCCCGUGCUGGAAUCCAAGAACCCGCCCAUUGCUUUCUGACUUCUCUCGCUCUCACUGAUCUCCACACUGCAGGGUCCAGACCACGGCCACCGCGAUGGCUGCUUAGUGCGUCCGCGGCAGCUGGAGACAUGGGCUGCUGCUUCAGCAAGAAGCGCAAGACCCGUCCGGUGGCCGGGGCCUCCGCCUUCCCGCGCCGGUGCGAGCCCGAGAACCGCGACCCGCCUUCGCCGGAGGAGGAGACGGUCAAGGAGGUGCUCUCGGAGACACCGAGCGCUAAGCUGAGGGCCGAGCCCAAGCCCGUCGGCAAUGCCGUCGUCCCAGCCGCGGACGAGCGGGUAGUGGAGAAGGCGAAGAAGAAGAAGCAGGACAGCGUCGUCGACGCCGCGGUGAGCGACCUCACGGGCAGCUGCGUGUCGCUGUCGUUCGCCACCGACGAGCGGUCCGAGGCGGCGUCGGAGUCGUCGGUCGCGACCAGCUCGGUGGCCGGGCCGGAGCGGUCGCCGGGGAGGAAGCCAGCAUCCAGGAGGCGCCCGGUCUCCGCCGAUCUGGGCCCAGCGCGGCGCGACCGCGACCGCUCCGCCGCGGCUGCCUCCUCCUACGGCGUCCGCUCCCGCAGCGCGCGGGCGUCGGCGUCCCCGCCGCCGCCGCGGCACGUGCCACGGGACCGCUCCGUCCGGCGUUCGCCGUCGCCGGCGGCGAAGCGGCAUUCGUCUGAGCCACGCCGCGCCGCCAGCCCAACUGCGCCCGUAGUGCAGCGGAAGCCGCCUGUACCGGCAAGGCCGUCCGGCCGCGUCUCGCCGCGGCGGGCACAAGAGGCAGCGACUCCUCCUCGUCCCGCCUCCCCACCGGAAGACGACGACGCCGUCACCGCGGCAUGUGAGCCCAGCAUCCCGGACGGCAGCACCGGUGGCGAUGUUCAAGGUGGCCGGGGCGGCGACGACGGGAAAGAGUCGUUGGAGAACCCGCUCGUGUCAUUGGAAUGUUUCAUCUUUCUGUAGCGCUGCGCUGAUGCAGUGAUGUGUGUGUGUGAUCUCGCGCUAUUUCCCUUCGAAAGCCUUCGCGCUAAUCCAGUUUAGAUGGUAAUGGAGCAGUUAGCUGUAGGGCAUGGUGGUUCAGAAGCAGAGCUACGUACUGCCGCUGCCACCUUCCGUUAACUUUGUCCAAGGAAAUGCCAGUAGCUUUUGACUUUUCAGAAUUUCAGAGGCGUGUCUGACGAUGUGCUUUGGCAAAUGGCAUGCUUGACGAUACAUUUUGCAGAGUGGUUUCUGUAAUCGUCAUGUCUUUUCCUCUGAUCUACUCUACUGCCUUGCUCCAUUUCAUCUAC